CUAUCUUUUAGUUUCUAAUGCCCUUUGAGACAGUCCUAUACCCCAGCCCCACAAUCCUCAGGAACAGCUAUACUGACAAUGCCCAGUCUCAGCCCCUGACCUCAGGGUGUCAAGAAAAGAAGCAUCUUUUUUCCAAGGUUUAUAAAACCUACAGCUGAGGCCUGAAGAACUAAUGGGAGCCACGGUCGCACCCACCUUUAUUCGGCACAAACUGGCCUCAAUCUUAAGCUGUUCCACCAUCUUGCGUGCUUGGCCAAUACUCAUAGUGCUGUUCACAGGGGUCUCCCCUUUCAUCCUGGAGGAAAGACAGACAACUCAGUAUUCUCAGCUAAAACACUCAGCUCUUCAACAACAGCACGGCCGGGAUUGGGCCAGUAUUUUGUACCCAUAUUAUCUCCACUCUCCAGUGGCCAUCCCAUCUCUUUUUCUCCACUGAGAAUGGAGAAUGGAGAAAAGAUGAAGUGCUUUCCAAAUCCUUGGGUCCUCGUCACCAAACUAUACAAAUGUUUUUAAGGAUUUCCAGUCUUUGAGCCAAUGCGUUACCAGGAAUGAAAGCCUCAGUCAGAACGAGCCCCACCCUGAUGAAAUCACUUCGGCCACCUGCCCCCUUAAGCCCUACUGAGAGAGAAACAGGCUGCUCUCUACUCACCUGAAAUGACAGGCGACGGCAGCAGCCUGGGAUGUAGCGUCAGUGGGGAGGGGGCACCAAGCUCUGAUUCAGAUAGGUGCCCCACCCUGCAGGAACUUGCAACUAAAAAUAACUGUAGCAGUGACAGCUAAUGCAGAGGUCACUAGAGAUGCUCAGACUGGAGGUCCUUGGAGGGGUGGUCUCAGGUUCUGCAGCUCAAGCACUGUCCAGAUGGCUGGUACCUGAAGGAUGAAGGAUGCUAGAAGGAGCUGCUCAGAUUCUGGAGCGUACCAACUGCCUGGCCAGUGGGGGGAUCUGACUGCUGCUUGCAUCCCCUGUACACACCCCCACUGUUACUGUCUCACUACCUGCCCCUGCCCAUUGGAGAAGUCUUUAGUCUGAACUAGAGCCCUCCCUAAUGGACCUGAAUCGGAAGCAGGCUCCCCUCUUAAAUGGGGUGGUCUGGGCCUGUGACAGCCCCUGCAAUAGAGUCUGUACCCGCUGCGGGAGACCCUGCUCAUUUGAAAGUCUGACAUCAGCUGGACUGCUCCCCCCCACAACCCUGACACAGCACUCAGCACCUGAAUCUUCGUUUCUUUCACAGUGGUCCUCCAUUCUGCAGAUCCAGGAAAAUGUGACGCUCUACAAGUGAUCAUCUUCUAGGUCACCACUUUCUAGCACAAGUGACUUGAGUGGGGCGAUCCAGGGCAGCAGAGGUAACCAUCAGGAAGAUAUCUAAAGAUAUGAUACAGCAAAGAAGAGAAGCUGGGGGAAAAAAGACAUGCAGAGACCAGAUCAAAAAAGGAUCAGAUAAAGAGGAGGAACCUCCAGCUGCCCUAUCCCAUGGCCAAGGGUAUCGUCCCUGUGGAAGACCAGCCAGGAGCUCAAAGCCUGAAGCUGGGGGCAGAUCCUCUGCUGUCCCCAUCAUGGUCAAUGACCCACCAGUACCUGCCUUACUGUGGGCCCAGGAAGUAGGCCAUGUCUUGGCAGGCCGAGCCCGCAGGCUGUUGCUGCAGUUUGGGGUGCUCUUCUGCACCAUCCUCCUCUUGCUUUGGGUGUCUGUGUUCCUCUAUGGCUCUUUCUACUACUCCUACAUGCCGACUGUCAGCCACCUGAGCCCUGUGCAUUUCCACUACAGGACAGACUGUGAUUCCUCCGCCGCCUCACUCUGUUCCUUCCCUGUUGCCAAUGUCUCGCUGGCUAAGAGUGGACGCGAUCGGGUGCUGAUGUAUGGACAGCCAUAUCGAGUCACCUUAGAGCUUGAAAUGCCAGAGUCCCCCGUGAAUCAAGACUUGGGCAUGUUCUUAGUCACCGUUUCAUGCUAUACCAGAGGUGGCCGAAUCGUCUCUACUUCUUCACGCUCAGUGAUGCUGCACUACCGCUCCCAGCUGCUCCAGAUACUUGACACACUGGUGUUCUCCAGCCUCCUGCUGUUUGGCUUUGCUGAGCAGAAGCAGCUCCUGGAGGUAGAACUCUACUCGGACUAUAGGGAGAAUUCGUAUGUGCCCACAACUGGAGCAGUUAUUGAGAUUCACAGCAAGCGCAUCCAGAUGUAUGCAGCGUACCUCCGCAUCCAUGCCCACUUCACUGGGCUCAGGUACCUGCUGUACAACUUCCCUGUGACCUGCGCCUUUGUGGGUGUCGCCAGCAACUUCACGUUCCUCAGCAUCAUCGCGCUCUUCAGCUACAUGCAGUGGGUGUGGGGGGGCGUCUGGCCCCGACACCGCUUCUCUUUGCAGGUUAAUAUCCGACAAGGGGAUAGCUCACGACAGGGUGCCCAGCAUCGCAUUUCUCGCCAUCAGCCAGGCCGGGAGGAGCCUACCCAGCGGUCAGACAUGACAGAGGAUGGCGAAAGCCCUGAAGAUCCCGCAGGAACAGAGGGCCAGCUAUCUGAGGAAGAGAAACCACGACAGCCCCUGAAUGGAGAGGAGGAACAAGAGCCAGAGGCUAGUGAUGGCUCCUGGGAAGAUGCAGCUUUGCUGACAGAGGCCAACCUGCCUACCUCUGCCUCUACUUCCACCUCUGCCCUUUCCCCUGAGACUCUGGGUAGCCGUGAACCUUCUGUGGGCACCAUCAGGCAGCGUCCAACAUGCUCCAGUUCCUGAACAAAAAGAGUCCUCACAUUCCAGCGCUUCCCCAUCUGACCCUUCUCCCCUUGUCGUCCCCUUAAUAAACUAUUUUGUGCCAGGUGCUUGUGUGAAGGUCA